AUGGCAUCUCCGACCCGUCCCGUGUACGAAACCUGCUGCCGAGUUUUUCUCAUAUCAGAAAUCGCCUGCAAAGGGUUAGUCCGUCUGAUAGUCGCCACAACACCCGAAGUCCUCUCCAUCCUCUUGUACGCGUGGCACCACGCGCCAGUCGAGAAAGCCCUCGACAAACCAUUCGUGACAAUAGAAGCAUCUAAGUACUUCUCCACCUCCUGCAAUUCACGAUCCCUGUCGAGUUUUACGAAGCCCUCUGUAAGCUUCCAAGAGGCAUUUCACCAUAUAUGCAAGAAAAGAAGCUUUCUGCUUAAGGCUGCAAAGGUUGGGAAAGAAGUAAUUCUGUAUGCAUUGCUCCACCGUCUCCUCGGGUGGAUAUUUACAUCCCUUCAUGAGGUUGCUAAUGUGCUUUACGGCAUUUCCUUCUUUGCGGAAAUUUUCGAAACUCAUAUCGGCCUCGUAAAUAGAGGCAAUGAGUAUGUUAGCAAUGGGAGAAUCUUCCGUAUCGAUAUUAAUCAUUUUUACUAUUUCCUUGUCAUUUGUGACGCCCAGAGCAAAGAAGAGAACCCAUAUCGGGAUUUCGGUUACGUAAAAGUAGACCGCAAGUAUUUUGUCGGCUCCCAAGACUUUCUCGGUUUUGGGGGUUAA